AUAGAUCAGUCACACACGGAGGGAGAGAGAGGGAGAGAGAGAGAGGGCGCAGAAAGUAAAGAAGGAUUCAUGUAGGCGUUAUUUUUCAUUUAAAGAAGGCUCGAGAAUUGUUUUAGAGUGUGGCACAACCAAAGAUUUGAGAGGACACACAAGCCAAGAUGCUGUGUCACGUUACUCGGCCGGAUUCGGUGGUGAUGGAAGUGGAAGUUGACGCGAAGGCGAACGGUGAAGACUGUCUUAACAAGGUUUGUCGAAAGUUGGGCAUAAUUGAGGCGGACUACUUUGGGCUGCAGUUCACGGGCAGCAAAGGGGAGAACCUGUGGCUGAAUCUGAGGAAUCGCAUAUGCCAGCAGAUGGAUAAUGUGACGCCAUGUCGACUGAGGCUGCGGGUCAAGUUCUUUGUGGAGCCUCAUCUCAUUCUUCAGGAACAGACGAGGCAUGUAUUCUUCACACACGUGAAGGAGGACCUCCACAACGGUCACCUCCGUAUGGGAUCGGAACAAGCGGAGGAGCUGAGCGCGCUCCUGGCGCAGGCAGAGUUUGGUGACUACAACCAAAACACAGCCCAGUACUGGUACUCGGAGCUGUGUGGAGAGGAGCCCAGCACUGCGACUACCAACAGUAUCAUAUCCAGACACAAAGCUCUGGAGGGUUUGAGCCCAGGCUCGGUGGAGUACCAGGCUCUGCAGCUGGUCUCGUCUCUGGAGCAUUACGGCGUGGAGUGGCACUGGGCUCGUGACGCACACGGUCAGCGGUUGGCCAUCGGGGUCGGCCCCGAGGGAAUGGCCAUUUGCAAGGAGGACUUUAGUGUAGUCAACAGAAUCAGUUAUCCCGUCAUUCAGAUCGCCACCCAGUCGGGGAAGAGUGUGUACCUGACCGUUACCACGGACACAAACGACAGCGCCGUGCUCCUGUUCAAGCUCAUCAGUAACCGAGCAGCCAGCGGACUUUACCGGGCCAUUACGGAGACGCACGCCUUCUACAGGUGUGACACGGUGACAAAUGCAGUGAUGAUGCAGUACAGUAGAGACUUUAAAGGCCACCUGGCAUCACUGUUCCUCAACGAAAACAUCAACCUCGGAAAGAAAUACGUCUUUGACAUCAGACGCACCUCCAAGGAAGUGUACGACCACGCCCGCCGCGCACUCUACAACUCCGGUGUCGCCGACCUGGACUCCCGCUCCGGCAGCGGCGAGCGCUCCCCUCCCUCGCGCUCGCCGUGCAGGGACGACCAGCAGGACGGGGGGCUGGACUGUAGCAGCUGCCAGCAGAGCCGAGCGCUGCAGGAGAGGCUGCAGAAGCUCCGCGAGGCUCUGCUGUGCAUGCUGUGCUGCGAGGAGGAGAUCGACGCGGCUUUCUGCCCGUGUGGCCAUAUGGUGUGCUGCCAGACCUGCGCAAAUCAGCUUCAGUUGUGUCCCGUGUGUCGGUCAGACGUGGAGCACGUACAACACGUCUACCUUCCCACGUGCACCAGUCUGCUCAACCUGACGCUGACCGACAACCACCAGCUCCACAGCAGCAUCCCAGCGCCCAUCCACAGAGGGACGGACUCUCCUCACACCUGCUCUGCCCCCGAGUACGAACAGAAGAUCUAUCACUCGUAAAGAGGACGCUGCCGACGCCGCCAGCGCCGCCGACGCCGCCGCGGGCCACCAAAGCUCCAGCUUCAAACUUUAUUUCAACGCAAAUCAGCCAGACUCUGGCCUCGUAACCAAGGAACAUUUGUCAUGUGUGUCAAACAAAGACUGAGCAUCAGCACACACACACACACACACACACACACAUACCACUCCCUCACUUUUCAGUUUGUCCAGUUGUUUCUUAAGUUUGUUGUUAUUUUUUUGUGUGUCUCAUUUAGUCCAUAUCCUUUUAUUUUUAUUUUAAACCUCAGUAUGUGCUGCCACAUCAUUUUAGAUUAGGCUCUUAUUAUCCUUGUUUGUUUAAAUUCUUACAUCAGUUGACCUGAUGCAGGAAAAAACAUUGUCAUGUUUAUGAAUGAUGUUGUUUUUUAGUUUGACCCCCCCAACCAUAGGACAUAGGAAUGUCUGUUUUACAGUAGCUAACCUCAUUGUCUUUAUUUAUUUUUUAUUUUUAAACAGUUUGAGAACUGAGUUUUUACCGUCUGACAGAGUGAAAUGCUCUUCUUCUUCUUUUUUUUCUCCCCCCUCUCCAUCAAAUUUGUUAUUUAUGUUCCAUGUUUGCUCUGCCAAUGAGGAUGCAGCACUGAUCUGGUGAUAGCACUGUGAUCUAAUUAGACACAAUAGGUGAUAAGAACACCUUGAUCUCUUUUUUUAAACCCACCAGAACUGUAUCUCGCAGACACUCCGUCAACUUCUCACCUCGAAACGGGUUUUUGAUUAACUGCCACUUUUUGUCCAAAACAAAAUGCCUUGUUUGACAGAGUGCUGCACUGUUGUACGCGUCCACAGCCGCAGACGUGGAUCACUAAAAGAUGCUUCAUGUUAGACGUGGAAUCAUCACAAUCUGUGAACAAAAGCUGCUCACUCUGAAAAACCAGAACUUUAAAUUUCCUGCUCUGCGUGUACCAAUGUGUUGUUUUUGAUAUAUGUAUAUAUUUUUUUUAAAGGGUACUAGGAGAUCUGCCUGUGCAAUACUUGCUUGCUUUUUUAAAAAGCUUCUUGUUUUCAAGUUUUAUUUAAUUUCAAAGACUAUAUUUAAAAGGAAAAAGAGGAAAUUAAAAAAAAGACUACACUGUCACUUUACCAAGGAAGUUUUCCAUUUUGUCUGUCGGGGAUUUGGCCUUAAUGUAGCAGCAACACUGUUUUAUUAUAAACCUUUCACAGAUGUCGUUUUCGGACGAUUUAAAUGGAAAAACUUUAAAAUGCUGAUUGAUUUAAGCUCAGUCGCUGCAGGGGGACGGACGUUUUAUUUUUCACAUUGUACAAGUAGCUAUUUGUUUCUGUUUUCUGAAGCAAACGCCACUAUAUUCUGUAAUAUAACUCAUUUUUAUAUAUUCUGCUCUUAACACAAGAGAAAGUAUUAAUAAAGUU